AUGACCCGGAGAUCGUGUGCCAUUUACGCCACCGGCAUCGUGUGCGCCCACCUCCUCAUCGUGGGCAUCGCUCUCGUGGUGGCUCAAGUCUUCCAGACCACCAUACACAACCGCUUGAAAAAGGAAAUAACACUAACAGAGAAGAGCCAAAUGUUCGAGUCCUGGAAGAACCCUCCCCCGCCUGUUUACAUGGAGUACUACUUCUUUAACGUCACCAACCCGGAGGUGUUCCUAGCGGGCGGCAAGGCCUCCGUCCAGCAGAUUGGACCAUACACCUACAGGGAGUAUAGGCCCAGGGAGAAUGUCACUUUCCUGGAAAACGGGACCAAAGUGUAUGCCCUCAACCCUAAGACCUUCGUGUUCAUGCGGGAGAAGUCGGUGGGCGACCCCGAAGUGGACGUGCUCAGGACCAUUAACAUCCCCUUAGUGGUGGUGAUGAACGAGCUCAACUCGUACUCCUUCUUCCUACGCAGCUUCAUCUCCAUCUACAUCAAAAGCUUGGGCGCCGAGCUGUUCACCACGCGCACGGUGCACGAGUACCUCUGGGGUUUCAAGGACCCCAUCCUCACCAAGAUCCACUCCAUGAAACCCGACGUGGACGAGUACUUUGGCCUCAUGUGGAAGAAAAACGGAACCCACGAAGGGGAGUUUGUCUUCAACACUGGCGAGCAGGACUACAUGGACUACGGCAAAAUCGACACGUGGAACGGCCUCAGAGAGAUGACCUUCUGGUCAUCCAACCAAAGUAACAUGAUCAACGGCACGGAUGGCGCCGUCUUCCACCCGCUCAUCAACAGAAACGAGCUGCUUUACAUCUUCGCCGCCGAUCUUUGCAGGUCCAUCCAUCUGGCCUAUGUGAAGGAUGUGGAAGUGAAAGGCAUCCAGGCAUACCGCUUCGCGCCCCCCAGUGACGUGCUCAUGAGCCCUGUGGACAACCCGGCCAAUGAAGGAUUCUGCGUUCCUGCGGGAGACUGUCUAGGCACGGGCGUGCUCAAAGUUAGCGUUUGUCGCCAAGGUGCCCCCAUCGUGGUAUCUUUCCCUCACUUCUACCAGGCCGACCCUAAGUACAUCAACGCCAUCGAAGGCCUGAAUCCCAACAAAGAGGAGCACGAAACCUACCUGGAUCUGCAACCGACCACUGGCGUUCCCAUUCGGGCCUGCAAACGUGCUCAGCUCAAUGUCAUUCUAAAGAGAGUCACAGGCUUCCCCGAAACAAAGUUCUUAAACGAGACCAUUUUCCCCAUCAUGUACGUCAACGAGACGGCGACGGUUGACGACGACUCGGCCGCACAGAUGAGAACGCUGCUGCUCAUAGUCACCCUGGUGUCCAAUUUUCCUUUGCUCAUUGUGGGCAUGGGUCUCAUCCUGCUGCUAGUCCUGGUGGUCCUGUUCUGCCGGAACCGCCAGAAGAAGAACGAAGUAAAACGCAUUGAUUUUACUGAGGCUUUUCAUUCUUUUGCUACGGCCAAAGACGAGACGGCGUACACUCAGGUGAGCGACAAGACAGACGAGUCGCCUGAGGCACCUCCUGCUCAGCCAAUCAGGAAUGGCUCCUACAUUGCCAUGUCUCCAGUGGAUGCCCAGAAGUGUUGA